AUGAAUAAUCCAAGUUCUGUGCUUAUUGGAUGGUUGGGAUUAAUUGCUGCUGGUGGAACAGCAUAUUAUUUAGCCAAGAAAGAUAUUGACGCUCGAAGACGAGCCCAAGAAGCGGCUAAAACAAGACCAACAGAAAAAUUAGAAUGGUGGCAAAAAAUAGAACAACAAGAAUCUAAUGAAAUGAAUACCAUGAACAAUAGUGGUAAUGAAGGUACUGCUGGAGUCGGUACUGGAUAG